AUGUCGAACGCCGCCCAUCUGUCGAACUCCCCUCCUACAACCCCUAUUGCACCUCGAGGCCGUCGUGCUUCGAUCACGGAGAUGUUUGCUCGGCCCGGAAAUGGUGGGGGCGCACCAUUGAACACCAGCACCUCGAAUACCGCCCCUCUCUUCACGGCAGCAGCAUCAAAUGCCCAGCAACAACCACAUCGUCGACGGAUGUCGAUCACCACACUUGGACUGUCUGGCUCUCCCACUAACCAGCCCGCUCCCUUUGGACAGCCAGCGGUGACAAACACACCGACGGCGGCAGCUGGAACCACCGCUCCUCCUCCACCCGGCAGGCGCCGACGCGGAAGUGUUUCAAGUUCGAUUCUCUCGAGCUCUCCAACACGGGAGCAGGCGGUUGCUGAGGAGGAAGAUGACGAAGACACCCCGAUGCCAUCGUCUGCGUCUCCAUUUGCAAGACGGGUAUCCUUUAGCUUCCGGGACCGGGCCGCCAGUAUAAAUGGCGAAGGCUUCAACUGGCCAGAAGCUCUUCGAACCAGAGCAGAACGAGCUCCGUCCCUGGCCGGAAGCUUCUCCAUGCAUCAGCAGCAGCAGCAACAGCAGCAGCAAGGGCAGGGACAUGGGCAGGGGCAGCAAAACCAAAACCCGCCGUCUCUCUCGGGCUCCUCGUCCAAUACCUCCCCAUCCUCGUCCCCGUCUCUUUCUUCAUCCUUCUCGUCGGCUUCAUUCCCAGGCAAACAUCACCGAUCAGCUUCCGUUGCUACUAUGGAGGCGUACAAGCCGCCACCAAAGGAGCUACUGGAGCGUCACCCUUCGUCCCCUCCACCUCCACCGCAGCAGCAGCAGCCCAAGCCACGGCCCAAGCCAGAUUACUUCCAGGAGAAGAUCUUGCGGGCUGAUUUCAUGGACUGA